AUGUCUUUUCAAUCACUGUUCAUAGCAGUGACGUCGACCUCCACUAUCAAGGUCUCGCUUUGGAUCUACUUGGUAGAUUGGGUUCUCUCCUUGAUCUUGGGGUUGGCAUUCAUCUUCUACUUCCACAAACUAUUGGGCUUUAUAUUUUCCUCUUUAUUGAAAUUGGUACUUUGGAAAAAGUACAAGACUAGAGUGCACGUUGAUGCAUUGAAGAUAUCGCCCUUGGGUGGACGGUUAUUUGUGAAAAACUUAAUCAUCACCACCUGCGACUCGACCAUAUCCAUAUUGAAUGUCACCCUCACAUGGAGGUACUGGCUUUUCUCAAUCACUAAGCUCUCCAACUACUACUGGGAAACAGAUUAUGAGAUCGGAGGAGUUUCGCAAACGCAAAACGAUAACCUGCCGUCUCGGUUCUUGAUGGUUAUAGAUGGUCUAGAGAUAUUUGUGUACAACCGAACAGCAGCGUUUGAUGAUAUUGUUAGCAAAUUGGGCGAGAAUAGGGACAAUAGUGGUAAGGAAAGUAGCCCUAGGGAUAGCCCCAAGGACAAUAUCCCCAAGGACAAUAUCCCCAAGGAAAAUAGCCCUAAGGAGGGUUUUUCUAGGGAUGCUUUGCUGGAUGAUACCGUAAAGGAUAGCUCGAGCACCAACACUUUCAACCUGCAGUUUCAAAAAGCAACAGUGAGCCGUUCGUUGCAGCUCUUCUUGCAAAUCAUGCCCAUAGAAGUUCGUAUAAAAAAAGGUGCAGUUGUGGUGGGGAAUGUCAAAACGCCAUGCGUGCUUGUGGCAUCGUUCAAGUCGGGAAAGGGCCUCAUUGACGUGUCCAAGGCACCAAAUCCCCUAGAUCCAUAUAGACUACUCCACGAUUUCCAGUUUAACGAGUUUCAACUUUGGAUGAGACCAAAUUUGGGGUUGGACAAGAACAGGUAUGGUGGUGGAGGAGGAGGAAACGAUAAAGGGCCUGGCCAUACCUUUAAACCUCCAAAAAUGUGGACCAAGCUUGCUGGCGCAAAGAAAUGGAUUAGAAAGAGACAUCAAAAAGAGAAUGGCCUCAAAUUCUCUUUUAAUGAUGAGCAAUACAAUAAUAAUUGGAGAGGUCUUGAACGGUACAUUGGCGAGUUUCAAGACCACGAGGUUAUUGCUGCUCAGAAUGGCUCAACACAAGAGGAGUAUGCAAAGUAUAGCUUGCUCUUGGACUCUACCAGUACCCGGUUCAUCUACUUUUAUGACUCACCCGGACUCCAACAAACAGACACUAGGACUAGGGAAAGUGAGGCUCCGCCAGAGUGUGGUCUUGAGAUUGAGAUCUCGCAUGGCACCAUCCACUACGGACCUUGGGCUGAUAAACAACGUGUACCCUUGCAAAGUAUGCUCUUCCCUUCAUUGGCCAAGGACGCCGUGCCUAUUACCACCACCACUAAAAGAAACUACGAAGGGUUCAAGUUGACGGUCAUUGUGCGCGACGAGUUGGUGGUACGUGUGCCGACACGAGAGGCUAGUAAAGACACCACGCCAAGGGCCAAUCGUUCUUUUGGUUGGUUGGAGGUAAAGCUAGGCGAAGGGUCAAACGUGGGACUGUUUACAUCCUAUAUUACUAAAGGUGACAGAUGGCCUAAUAAGCUAAAGAUGAUAUUCAAUGAUCCAGAAGUGCAGUCUUCGGUAAACCACGAUGUGUUGUUCCUCGCUGACUCGCACGAGAUUAAUGCCGACGUGGCACUACCCUUGAAGUGGAAUGGCAAAUGCGAGUGGAAGUUUGACCAGGUCAGUUUGAACGCAAGAAUGUUUCUAUUGAGGGAACAUAUCCAGUUAUUUAGUGACUUGUUGACGGAUUUUGGCUCUGGCGACCCCCAGCCGUACGAACAGUAUAGACGGUUCAACUACAUCAUUUCAUGGAAACUCCUCCACUAUGAACUAUUCUUGAAUGUCAACGACUACAAUAUCAUCAACAACGCCUUAGACUUUACUAACAACAAGUAUCUAUCAUUCCAGGGGGACGAGUUGAGAUGCUUUGUUGACAUCCCAAUUGAGGGUGCUUGCUCGAAAAAGUCAACUGUUACAUACAGGUUGGAGACACCCAGGUUUGAUCUUGUAUUGGACACGCCGCAAUGGCACACGGUGAAUGCAUUUUUAAAAGAGUCGCAUGUUGUUGGAAGCGCGGGCGCGUUCGAGGUUUCAGGAGCAUACACAUUCUAUAGUGGCGUGGAGAUCAACACUGCUGACUUGGUGGAGAUCAAUUGUACAGGCGAUGAUGUGUGUCUCAAGUUUUAUGGGUUCGUCAUUAGGUACUUGUUUACUGUGCGGGAAAACUAUUUUGGUGACUACAUACAUUUCAAAACGUUUGAAGAGUUCACAGAGAACAGCACCAAUAAGCAACUGUCCAUGAGCUCUUGCUCUUCUCCCACAGACAAAAAUUACUGGGCAAUGGUGAAACUAGAGAACGAUGUUGAUGUGCUAUUCAAGUUCCAAGUGCGAACUGGUCUUAUCAUACUACCGCAACACUUGUACAGUUGCAAAUCACACAUCGGAUUGACUUUCAAGAUGCUCGAUAUAGAUAUUAGGUUUUCCAAUUAUUAUAUGGAUAUGCAGGUUGAUUUCAGUCCUCUUUUGGGUUCGUUAGUCACCCAAUUUGACGCUGACGCCAAGUUGAAUGUCAAGGACUAUAUCAAGGACUACAUCACAACAACAACACCUCCGCAAGUGCACGUUGAUGGGUUCGGUGUACACUCGCACAGGAUGUUUGGACCUCCACCUGAUGAGACGACAUUCUGGUGCAAAUGGGACUUUUACAGUGGGGAAUGGAUCAUCAAUGGUUCUCCUUUGAUAUUGCAAGGAAUAAAAGCAGGAAUCACAAACUUUGGCAUAACAUUUCAAGAUCGCGAAAAUGCAUUGAAUGAUGCAUUACCACCCGCAUUUGACGCUGCAAACUUCUCAUUCAGGUGUCCGAAAUUUGUAUUCAAGUUUAAACUACCAAAUGACACCAAUACAGCAGAGGUGGAGUUGAAUAAUGUGUUGUUGUCAUACAACGACUUGAGCAAUGACCGCUAUUCAAACAAGUUGUCUGUGAAGAUCCCUUCCAUCAAUGGUAAAGUGUUGCUGUCCUCGGAGGACGUGUUGGGGUAUAUUCUGACUUCCCUCGUGUUGUCUGAUAUCACUCAAAAAGAUGACAUGGAUGGCAGAAGAGAUACACAGCAGGUGCACAUUAGAAACGGCGAUGCCCCAUUCCACAGAGCACCAUUUAUUCUCACUGAGGAGUACAGGGACACCUUUUAUGAGGAGAGUAGAGGAAGCUUUAUGACAUCAAUGAGUCUACCGAGAGUGCCUAUGCCAUUAACUUUGGAAACGUCCAAUCUUAUUGAUGAUACAUCGUCGUCGUCCUCCUCCUCCUCCUCCUCCUACUCCGCCACCUCCGUCUCCUACAGAGGUGAGAUGGAGGACACACUUCCCACAGUCAAUUACAACACUAAAGACUUUUCCCCAUCAUAUCAACCUGAUCCAGAUACAAAGUACAAUAAUCUCAUUGUUGAUUUAGGCGAAACUGAAAUGUACCUCAGUCCUGCUUGUGUUUGUACCGUAACCCAGUUUGUCUCAGUGAAAAGUGUUCAUUAUCUAGACUCGAUUAUGGACGAAAUAGAAGUAUCCAUAAUCAAAAUAGCAAAUGAUCUUCUAAGUUCAACAAAGGUGGUUGACAACUUCCGAAUAGUGAAUAGCCACACUACCGUGCACAUUGGUAUAGAGCCAUAUAGGCAUACCGAGUUCAACGGAUUGACUAUUCCACACAUAUCGCUCUACACCACCAACUUGUCAAUGGCUAUUUCCAAAACACCCGACAAAAAAACCACCUCCUUUGCCGUGCAUGGCGAAAGCCUAGACUUUACGAUCGCAAAGUCAUCUGAUACUCUAGAGGCAGUUUCACUAACCUUGGUGGACUAUGAGGCCUGGCUAGACCAGGAUGCCACCAGUCUUAUUGGUUCAAUCGACCUUGACUAUAUCGACCUUGCGAUCGAUCUGAAGCAAGUCCCAUGGCUUUUAGAACAAGCAAACGUAUUCGUUAAACAGGUUGAAGACAUCAUCACACGCUUCAAAGUCUCUACAGACCACCACGCUGCAGCGCAACUAUUAUAUGCAUUGACGUUAGCGUCAGAGGAUUACUCCAUCGACCACGAUCCAGAGGUUCUCACACGGCCUGCAUACAUUCUACGCGCCAAAAGAGAACACAUUCGGUUUUUCGAUAGCUGGAAGGUGGUGGCCAAGUUACGACACAUUUUGCAAACCUUGCCAGAAACAUGGAAAACAAGCGUGAGCAACGCAUUCAAGGAUGGCACUUUUGUACUACCUGACUAUGGUGCCGACCAUGUACGGGACUAUUUCUCCAAAUGGAGGGUCUGGGAGGCAAACCAGGACCAGCGACUGGCAAUGUUGAAGAGAAUAUUCACCAAAAACGAAAAGGAGCAUGGAAAGGAUGGAAAAGUCGACUUUGACUUUACAGUAAACGAAGUGAAUAUCAAUUCUCUCUGUUCACAAAAUCCAACGAGUAUCAAUAUAAAGACACUUUGUUUUGUGUUGAAUAAGGACACACUACUGUGUCUACUAUUGACUGUCGACUCGUAUGAAGGUAAAUUGACUAAAUCGGUUUUGGAAUUGGUGCCGCUAUUGAAUUUGGAAACUGAGACAUCAUCCACCUCCUCCUCAUCAUCAUCUCCAUUCCAGCUUGUACUUAAUAUAUCCCAUUUUGUGCAGCUGGUAGAACUUGUAAACCUAAAGGCAACUGUCACAGUGCAAGACCUAUUGGCAACUAUGGAUCAACAUACAGCCACCAUAAACACACACAUCGUGGAGAUCAAGCUAGAUGCGCUCGAGCGUGUUUUUCACACAAACCUUCACCAUUUGCAAGUGUUUGCACACAACCAGCAAAACAAUUCACAACUCAACUUGGAAGUUAGAAAGUGCAAAACAAUCCUAUUUGACAAGAUGAACUUUGUAGAAAUCAUCAGAGCAGUGAUGGAUGAGGAUGUGCCAUUCUGCAAGAGUCUUUUCAAAAAGAAGACAAACGUACCAAGACAGCAAGCUCGCCACCAGGUAUCAUCAACACUCCUAAUACAAGAGUUUGCUUAUAGCGUUGAGAUACUAAACCCUCUACACCUCUCGGGUGUACUACUUGGGGCCAAGGCCAGCUUCAGUCUCAAUGAUGAGCUUGGGACAGCUGCACUUUGUGCCGAGUUUGCAAAGCUACAUAGCAACUUUAGUAUUGAUCGCAGCAACGUUCUAGGUCUUCAAUGUGCCGAUUUUGUAUGCCUAUGUGACACAGAAUCCAUAAAUCUGUCAGAGUUGAAGUUGACUCUGUCGCAAGUGUCCCUAGGGUAUAUGAAGAUAGUCUCGAAUGACUUGCUCCAUACUAUGAAUCUUGUCACAAGUGUUUCUAAAAUACAAGCUAGAAUCGCAGAGAUAUCCAGUAUAGUAGGACACACUACUACCCCUGCUUCCAACCACCAUCUUUUCCGCCUUAGUUUCAAAAACGCAUACCUGGAGCUUUCUGCUGGCGUGGGCUCAACAACGCCAAGUCUCGCUCUUGAAAACACUUUUUUCAACAUCAGCAACGUUGCCGUGAGUACAGAGGUCCCCAUCCACGGAGAAGCGGCAUUGCCUCUCUUGCGAUUCACCUUGUUCAGCAAGAAUAUCCCCUUGGGUUUGUCCAACGUAUUGGCGUUGGAGUUUGCUGUGCGCUUGUUCAACGAUACAGAUACACGUGACUCCCGCCAGCAUUUGCAAGUGGAAUCCCAAUUUUGCCGCGUAUGUUUGUCUGAGCCCGUGGUUAUUGCCAUGACUAGGAUUGCUGAUACUGUUGCUAAGCGGUAUCACGAGGUGGCAUCUGCGGCGGCCACAACACCAACUGCUACACCCAAUGCUUCUUCACCCUCUCUCAAGCAGUUCAUCUACGCAAAGUUUUCCGCAUUCCAGUUCCUAUCGUACAAUUUCUGCAUCGGCUGGCUCUUCAACGACAAUUCAAAGGAUUACCCAGGAGUGAUUAUUGGAGCGGAAAAGUUCUUUGCGGCUACCGAAGAGAGUUUGGGAAAGUUUACGCUUAUUGGCGCCUACUUUUCCAUAGCCCAUGGUAAUCACGCACUAAACUUUUUCAGCGCUCGUUCAGAGAGAGGCAGCUUGAACCGCGCAUUCUUACCAACGUUACAAUUGAUCUAUGUUAUAGACUCCAAGCACUUGCUGCUCACUGUUCAUGGAGAUGAAAUUGACAUCAAGUUCAUCUCCACUUCAAUAACACAGAUUGUACAAAAAAUAUCUGCUCUGGCGAGUGGGAUCCGUCUGUAUCUAGAAAGAAAGUCUCAGCUUCUCAGUGCCACCAAACCAGCACCAGCACCAGCACCAGCACCAGCACCAGCACCAGCACCAACAGCACCAACAGCAACAACAAGUAACAACACACGAAUUCCCUUCCAGUCAAUUGAGCUAGUCUCCACUUUUGCCGGCUCAAACAUGUUGGUCACCAGAAUGGAGGAGGAUGAGUUUUCUGACGACAAGUCAAUGUACUUGCAUGCACCAGCAAUCAAGACAAUUGUCAAAUUCACAAACACUUCCGAUUUGUGGAAAGUUAUGGGAGAGUUGGUGACGUCGUCGUCGGAAAACGUGUUGUACCCACAAUGCGUACCAAUCAUGCUUGACUUGGCUUCCGGAGUCAAGGCAUUGGUCCACGACGAGAAAAAAAAGGUGGAGAAAAAGGAAAAGAUAGGAGACGAAGCGUCGACAUUGUCUCUCUUCAACAAUCUUCUCAUCGACAUUGCCAUCAGGAUAAAAAGGCAAGAGCUCACCUUAAGCUGUGAACCCACAGCGAAAGUCGCCGCAGUGGUUGGUCUAGACGGGUUCUGCAUCCAGGUAAACUCAAACGAUGCAAAAGGAAAGAGUGUAGUAUUGUCUGCAUUGCUAGAUGGCAUUUCUGCAUCACUACAGCACAUCUACUCCAGGGACAUCAGUGCUUCACUAGAAAUAGAACAAAUACUCUUGCUGAGUGUGUUGGACUUGGGAGCCCAGGGCCGCAUGUUUUCCACUGGGUGCGUGACCAAUACUAACGCUUAUGUCAAUGUGAAACAGUACCAAGACGUCAACCUAUUCACCGAUAUCUGGUUCCCAAAAAAUCUAUUCCACCAAGACAAAGAGGACGCCAAAGACGACACCACUGAUCUAGCACGCAACCAGAAUAUAGCCCUGAAGUUCAGACAAGUAUCCACCACCUAUGCGUUCCCUUGGAUAGUAGUCUUUGUCGCAAACACAGUCAACCUUGAAGCGGACUUUGGCCAGGCCUUGGGCAAAUCCCAGUUGCUGAUGAACAACUUCUGGGCAGUGUCAAAGAAAGCACAGGACUGGUCACAAGAUUUGCGAACGGGGAUCAGCACAAUCAACUUGUCGUCAGAGGGUAGGUUGACCGGGUCGCUACUUGUUGAAAAGAUCAAUUUACACACAACCAUCAGCUGGAAGAUUGCUACAGGCGCAACACUCGACGUUCCAUUGGUGUUGGUCUCCGGUGGUGUCAACAAGUUGUCGCUUAAAAUGUCAUUCGACGAGCACGUGAUUGCCCUUGUUUAUGUUGAAGACUUUUCAAUGGAUAUAUACAACAAGAAGAGCGCGUUGGCCAUUGCCAAGGACCAUCUUGUUGUUACCACCAAGUUCAAUGGCCUCGAGGUGUAUAUAACUUCACUCUCGGCCUCAAACUUUAUGGACAUUGCAAAUACAAUCUCCAGAAUGGUUUUAGAAACUAGAAGCUCGUAUAGAGAGAUACUUAGGGACUCCUCGAGGGGCAAAUCCAUUAGUCACCACAAACAACAGCAGCAGCAGCAGCAACAACAACCUUUGCACAGCUCCUACUCCAACAUUCUACAGACAAUAAAACGAUUGGAUACAACAAUUCAUGUAUCUGCCGGCAAAAUCUUGAUUCACGUCUACCCAUCCUCCAUAGACAACUCCAAGGUCCUCGUUGUGAAGCUUGACGAGUCUAGAGCAAAGUUUCAGCAGAACGAGUAUACCCAUGGCGUAUCCAACGAGCUAGAUUUGAGAUUCAACGAUCUAAACGUCUCGCUAUCCUCAGUGCCACCUCUACUGGAAUCAUUUGUGCAAACAUGCACAGUUGAUGAGUUUUUGAACUCGGCUCACCAGGCCAAGGGCGGCAACAUCUUUGUGUUUCCCUCCUUCCGUGUCUCCAUGAGGACAUUCCAAAAAGAAAAAAGUACCGUGAUUGAGUAUUUGUUCCAGUCAUCGUUCAAUGGCACUGUAGACGUGAGGUGGAAUUUAGGGUCCGUCAACUUUAUUAGAGAAAUGUACCACAUCCAUACAAGGGCACUAGCGUCGAGGAGGGAGUAUAUGCAUAACCGUGGCGACUCGCAACUGCACCUGCAACUGCAACGCAGUUACAGCUUGCAAGAGAACUCCACACAGGAGAUUGACGAUGCAAUCAAAGAGACUAUGGAGAAAGUGGAAACAGGCUCUACCUUCCAGUACACACCUUUAGCGCCACCAAUAAUUGAGGCCCCGCAAUUAAAAGAGUUGGGAAACGCCACGCCACCAUUGGAAUGGUUUGGCUUACACAGGGACAAGUUGCCCAACAUCACUCAUACAUUGGUCAUAGUCAACUUACAGAAACUCGUACAUGAAAUCGAGGUCCAGUACUCCAAGAUGCUAGGUAAAGCUUAA